AUGCCACACAUGUCUUUGACAUGUUCUUGUAUUUCUUCUCAAGCAAAAGUUGUCAGACGGCUCUGGAUUUUGCAGGUGGGCAAAAAAUUGUAAUUAUGGUAGCGUAGGCAAGCAGUAAACAAAAGUCAGGCCAAACGUUCUCUAUCUCCAAAAGUGAUUCAAGCACUAGGACAAGUAUAAUGGUAUGAUAUCUUUUUUAUUCAUUCAAUGGGACGAACGACAAGCAUCACUUCUAGUUACUUCUUAUUGCUGAUUAGUUGAUGGUCUGUGGAGAGAAACAUGUACAAAUUUCAGCUUUAGUAAAGACUGAACACGAAAUUCUCUGA